AUGGCGGAUGAUAAGAGUGAGACCAUUAUCAUCAUCACUUCCAUUUUCCUCGCCCUGUCGCUGCUCACCGUCAGCCUUCGAUGCUAUGUCCGACUAUACCUUAUCCGGGCCUUUGGUGCGGACGACUGGACCAUGGUCCUUGCAAUGGCAUUCAAUCUUGCAUUCGCUGUCUGCGGCAUUGCAGGUGGUAAAGUGGGGUUAGGGAAAAGGAUGGGAUACUUUGCAGACAGGCCGAAUGACUUGAGGGAUUCGCUGCGUUUUUGGUGGUUAGGUCAAAUAUUCUACGCCUUGACGGGCACCGCCGGCAGGACUUCUAUUGCAAUCUCACUUCUGCGUAUCACCAUCGUUCGCUUACACCUGAUCAUUAUCUACACGACAAUCGCCCUGAGUAUUGUGGUUGGUCUGCUAUUCUUCUUUGUGACUCUCCUUGAAUGCCGCCCAAUCAAUCACGUCUGGGACUACGGAAUGAAGUCCCCAAACUGUGUCAGCAAAGAUUUCCUUCUCGAUAUUGCCUACAUCCAUAGCGUGAUCGCUGCCAUCUGCGACCUUACCCUGGGCAUAUUACCCCUCUUCAUGAUCUGGAAACUACAGAUGAACAAACGGGCCAAGAUUUCUCUUGGCGCCAUUCUUGGACUCGGUUGCCUGGCGGGUGCUGCGGUUGUGGUUCGCUUACCAUAUAAUCACCAGUUCAAAGACCCAGACUUCCUCUAUGCUAGCGCCACUCUCUCUAUCUUGGCCAACAUCGAAGCUGGUCUCGGAAUCACAGCUGGCUGCCUGUCAACACUUCGCCCCCUCGUGCGAAUACUACGCGAUGGCAGUUCCAAUCCCAGCCAAGGAAGAAAUGGCGGAUCUACCAUCCCCUUGUCCCAGUCGUUCCUUUCUCGCAGGGAGAGAAAAAGGUUAUCCCACCACGAAUCCGGCACUUGUUGGGCGGACGUUCCAAACGAUGGGUAUAAGAAUCUUACCACCACUACUACAAUCGCAGGAUGCCGUACAACGAAGCGUAACAGCAGUGAGGAGAGCCUUACGCCAAGAUAUAUUCCAACAAACGUGACGGUGCAGAACACAUUUGAGGUGUCUGUGGCGGAGCACUAG